AUUUCACAAGAGAGUAAUGAUACCGUUACUUGUAAACACCAGCUCACUUCAGCCAGUGUUUGCCUCUGCAUCAAGAAGUCAGUUCUAGUCCUAGUGCUUCUUCGUGUUGCUCUGCACGUGCAUAAGAGUUCUUCAUUUGCGCGCCGAUAUACGUAUCUUAGUGUGAUUCAGUUUUAUUGUGAUAAAGAUGAAGUGCUUCGAAUUCCUUUUAGUAAUAUUCGUUUUCGGCGGCACUUGGCGGUUGGUAGAGCCGACCUGCACUUUGGAAUCAGAUUUUGGAUUUUCCAUCAACUGUGCUUUUAAGAAAUCUGGCCUGUUUCGGGUUAGAAAUCUAGGUGGUGUCAAAGCGCACGUAGGCUGGGGAUUCACCUUAGGUGACGAGCUCGGAUUCAAAGAAUCCAUCUCCAACGUUGAAAUCAACAACAGAAGAAGAUCUGCACAAACGAAUAAACUCCAGGAGCAAAUCCUCAAAGCUGAACUGGAUAGCAGAAUUGAUAAAUCCACCAACGCCAUUCCAAAGGGAGUUCCUAUUGCUGUCAUGCAGGGAUCAACUCAACCAAAGAAAAAGAACUCUUCAACAAUGCUAGUCGUUCCCCCUUUCAAACCUAUUCCUGCUGAAUCAUCUAACUCAAAGAAAGUAGUUCCUGCUGGAAUACUAGGUAUUGCUGUGCCUUCAACCAUGUUCAACAAACAUCCAGACGAGUCUGCAAAAGUCAAGGUAGUUGCAGGUAUCACUCAACCUGACAAGCUCAGCAGUAGUGACUUCGCUAUUAGAACAGCACCUGCACCAAGCCAAGCUUCGCCUUUAAUUGCCAAUAGGUUUGCUCCUAGCAAUUUCACCGAAGACGAUCUAGACCUAGCAAUUUUGAGGAAGCAGCAAUUCCUAGCAAAGACAAAGAAAGCAACAACUUCCACACCCAAAUCUGUUGCUUCAUCUUAUAAUAAGAUCGCUAGUAGUAUCGGUAAAGUAAUGAAUGCGCCUAAGGAGUAUUAUCCUGUUGGUUAUGAUAAGAAUUUCGAUGAUAACUUUGCUUCAAGGGUUGAGUUACCAGAAACUUCGUUCUACUGUGGAGAUCAGAAACAUUUUCCUGGAUUGUAUGCUGAUGAGGACUUGGGAUGCAUGGUGUUCCAUGUGUGUGCCCUGACAGAUGAUGGAUUGAUAAUGAAAAGUUUUCUUUGUCCGGAAUCCACAUUGUUCGAUCAAACUAUCCUGAAGUGCAACUGGUGGUUCUACGUGGACUGCAAAUUAUCGAAGAAACUCUACGACUCGAAUUUCCCAAUCUCGAAAAGUUAUCAGCUUAUGAAAGCUCUCACUUUCUUCUCGACGUAUAAAAAGGAAACUCCAUCAACUACCGAAAAAUCAAAUAAAACAGACUGAUGUUUGAUUUUCAGAACUUUUCAUCGUUUAUUUUGAGUUUAAUCAUCUUUAGAGCUAUCUCCCUUAAUAGAAUACUUACCAGUGAGGAUGACAUUGCUCAAGCAAGCCGAGUUGAAUUUAAUUUACAUUUGUUUGGAUGUUAGACGGCCACAGAAAUAGUUUCCACAGAAGAAAUAUGAUAGCUUUAAAGUGUGUUUGUGAUUGUUGAUAGUAACUGUAUUUAUUUUUGUGUAUGAUAUUCGCAUUUUUGUAUUUAUAUGUAAUAUAAACCUAUUAGAUUUUUAAUUUUUGUGGCGUUUUCCAAUAACUAGGACGCACAAUUUUCAAUUUUUUAUUUAUUCAACCCUCCGAAAGUAACCUCAAUAAAUUUUUCUUCAUCCCCAUAAUAUAAAUUGAAAAAUAAUCGAAAAAUGAAAACCAUUUUGUAUAGUAAGGUUAAGGCACUCUUUUAUUGUAUUAUAUCAACAACUAUAAUUUAAAAAAUAAUAACUUAUUUGCUUCAUAGACACUUUCAUUUGUGAAAGAGUAGUAUGAGACACAGUUGUAGUUAGGUUAUGAGGGGUAGAUGAUUUAUACCAAAAUUGCUAUUAAAAUCAUCUUUCUACCAAACAGAAUAGUUAUAUUUUUGUAUUACUUCAAGUAUUCAAUUGUUAUUUUGUUAUAUUCAAUCGAAACUGUGCUCAAUUUAUUAUAAGAUUUGAUGAUGAAUAAAAAUGAAUAUUACCAUA